GACAUUCUACCUCUUCAUGUAUACUCAGAAACUGCACUGAUUUGCAAGCUGUAAUCUGCAUAUCAUUAUACACUCAGUCCAGCUUUGUCCAACAUGACAGUCCUGAAACCAGCUGUGAGCUAGCAAAGACAAGCACUACCAAUGAGUGUCCGGCUGCAACACAUCAAACACCAUAUUUUUGCAGCAAAUCAAUGUGCAGAAAUGACCGCUCCACUACUGAGCCCCCUUACCACUCACGUGCUGAACACGGGUCGAGGUAUACCAGCAGCCAACAUGAACCUCAGCCUUUACCUUCUGGAUGCCACCUCAUCAUCUUGGAACCUACUAAGAACAGGAGCUACCAAUGAUGAUGGACGCAGCCCAGGCCUCAUCAGUAAAGAAGCAUUUAUUCCUGGUGUUUAUAAGAUGCGUUUUGAGACUGGACAGUACUGGGAAGCAUUAGGAGAGACUUGUUUCUACCCAUAUGUUGAGAUUGUCUUCACCAUCACUGAUGCAUCUCAGAAGUUUCAUGUACCACUUCUCCUGAGUCGGUUCUCUUACAGUACCUACAGAGGAAGUUAAAUAAUCCACUAUCUGCUCACCUACUAAUGAAACAUUUGGAAUAUGAUGUUUCAUUUUCUUAAACAUAUGAUGAUUAGUGCAUAUAGACAAAUCAGAUCUACAAAGAUGGCCAAAAUCUUCACUCUAGCUCAAUACUUGUGCUUUGAUGUUGAUGCUAUCUUCUAUCUCUCUGACCAGACAAUUCUAGCUUGUUGGUCUAUUAAGCACAAAAUUUUUCUAUAUUAUUUUCUACUCUUUCAGGAAUGUUUGUAUUCUCUAUUACCAAUAUGGAACAAGUAACCAAAGUGAAAAAAAUGUAUUCUGAUCAGGCUUAUCAGAAAAAUGGUUUGUACUCAAACUUGUGACAGAACUGUUAAAAAUGACAUUUGGAAAUAUAAGUAAAUAUUCCGGGAGGUGGUGGAAAGUAAAACAGCAACAAUUCAUCUCUACCACCUCAGCUGAGCUGUUUAAGACAGAAUGAAUCUGAACUUUCCGGUGCUAAAAGAUUACACAAACAUCUAUCUCUGUAUACUCUACUGUACUUUGUUACUGGAGAUGUAAACGUGUUUGAACAAUUAAAUAAAACAAAUGUGGUAACUAAACACAUUUCAAAAAAGUUGGGACAGGACAAAAAAAGACUGGUACAGUUGUGUAAUUAAAAAAAAAAACACCUGGUGGAACAUCUCAUAACUAAUUAGGUUAGUUGGCAACAGGUCAGUAACAUGACUGGGUAUACAAAGAGCAGCUCAGAGAGGCUGAGUCAGAAUUAAAGAUGGGUAGGAGUUCACCACUCCAUGAAAGACUCUCUGGGCAUAUAGUGUAAUAAUUCAAGAAUAAAGUUUCUAAACAUAAAAUAGCAAAGAACUUACAGAUUUCACCUAUGGUACAUAAUAUUAUUAAAAGAUUCAGAGAAUCUGUAGAAAUCUCAAGACAAGAACAAAAAAACAAUAUUAGCUGGUCAGGAUCUUUGGGCACUGCAUUGAAAACAGACCUGAUUCUGUAGUGGAAAUCACUGCAGGGUUCAGGAACACUUCUGAAAACUUUUGUUUCUGUUGCAUCCACAAAUAUAAGUUUAAACAAUGCCACACAAAGAAGAAACCAAAAAUAAACAGGAUCCAGAAACGCUGCCACUUUUUCUGGGCCCAACCUCAUUUAAGAUGCACUGAGGUAAUGUGGAAAAGUGUCCUCUGGUCUGAUCCGGCUAGUUAUCAGCAUCUGUGAUGGUAUGGGGGUGCAUUAGUGCACAUGGUAUGGGUGACUGCACAUCUGUAAAGGCACCAUUAAUGCUGAAUGAUAUAUACAGGUUUGGGAACACCUGUCUUCUUCAGGUAAGGCCUUGCUUAUUUCCGCAAGACAAAAAGAGUCUGGGUGCUAAAUCGGCCUGCCUGUAGUCCAGGCCUGUCACCCAUUGAAAACAUCUGCCGCAUUACGGAAUAAAAAAUCUGAUAAAGGGGCACUGAACUGCUGAGCAGGUGAAAUCCUAUAUUAAACAAGAAUGGGAGAACAUUUCACUUUCAAAACUACAGCAACUGGUCUCCUCAGUUCCCAAACACUUGUGUUUUCAAAAAAUAGUGUUGUCAAAAAAAUUUUAAUUGUGUUGUUGGCAUCAAAUUCAAAAUGUGCAUAUGUUUUUCAAAAACAAUAAAAUGUCUCGGUUUCAACAUUUGA